CCCAAACCCAAACCCAACCACCUCCAAUUUCUCCUCUCUCUCUCUCUCUCUCUCCUCGCCGGAAAUCGCCUUCCGAUUCCGAGCUUCAUUUCCGGCGAGCCUCACGAGUUCCAAGAUUACGAUUCGUUUGUGUAUGCGAGUUGUGAGUGAGAGAGAGAAUAAUAGUGUGAGAGGAUCCGCGGUUGGUUGCGUUUAUGACUGAUGAUUGGAUGGAUAAGAAGCGGAAUAUUGCGAUUUUCACGACUGCGAGCCUUCCAUGGAUGACAGGGACUGCUGUCAAUCCUUUGUUCCGUGCGGCGUAUCUUGCGAGAGAUGGGGAGAGGACUGUUAGUUUGGUUGUGCCUUGGUUGUCUUUGAAGGAUCAGAAGCGUGUGUAUCCGAACAACAUCACAUUUGACUUACCGGCUGAGCAAGAGAUUUAUAUUCGUCACUGGCUUCAUGAGAGGACUGGAUUCGGAUCUGAGUUCAGUUUGCUUUUUUAUCCUGGAAAGUUUUCCUUAGACAAACGGAGCAUUCUUGCAGUCGGAGAUAUUUCUGAUGUAAUUCCUGAUGAAAAGGCGGAUAUUGCUAUCCUUGAGGAACCUGAGCACCUGACGUGGUAUCAUCAUGGGAAGAGAUGGAAAAUUAAGUUCAGGCUGGUUAUAGGAAUCAUCCACACUAAUUAUUUGGAAUAUGUGAGGAGGGAGAAGAAUGGAAGAAUGCAAGCAUUUUUGCUGAAAUAUCUAAAUAAUUGGGUUGUCGGUAUAUACUGUCAUAAGGUAAUCAGAUUAUCUGCUGCCACCCAAGAGUAUCCUCAGUCGAUCAUUUGCAAUGUACAUGGUGUCAACCCCAAGUUUCUUGAGAUAGGCAAGAAAAAGCUAGAGCAGCAACAAAAUGGAAUCCAGGCCUUCAGCAAAGGUGCCUACUAUAUUGGGAAAAUGGUGUGGAGUAAAGGCUACAAGGAGCUGCUCAGGCUUCUUCAAGACCAUCAAAAGGAAUUAGCUGGACUUGAGGUUGAUUUAUAUGGAACUGGGGAGGACUCUGAUCAAGUUCAGGUAGCUGCUGAGAAAUUGGAACUGGCUGUUAGAGUCCAUCCUGGGCGUGAUCAUGCCGAUCAUAUAUUCCAUGAUUAUAAAGUGUUUCUGAAUCCAAGUACCACAGAUGUCGUUUGCACGACCACAGCAGAAGCAUUGGCAAUGGGUAAAAUUGUUGUAUGUUCUGAUCACCCCUCGAAUGAGUUCUUCAAGCAGUUCCCAAAUUGCCGAACAUAUGAGAAUGGUGAUGGGUUUGUCAAGCUCACACAGCAAGCACUGGCCGAACAGCCUGCACAGCUUACUGAGGCACAAAGGCAUGAGCUUUCAUGGGCGGCUGCCACUGAACGGUUUUUAUCGUGUGCUGAGCUUGAAAAGGCAUCGACAGCUAAACUGUCAAAAGCUCCUUCAAGUAACUUUAUGUCUACGUCAUUGAACUUGAGGGGUAAGAUGGAUACUGCGUCUGCAUAUGUGCAUCAUGUGGCAUCUGGUUUUGAAGUGACACGGAGGAUUUUUGGUGCAAUCCCAAGGAGUAUGCAACCAGAUGAAGAGCAAUGCAAGGAGCUUGGGCUUGCUGAACCUGCUGGCAAGCAAGGCUCAGGAAAAUGAAAUUGUCUGCUACUCUUGUAAAAAUGUGAAAUAGUUGGGUGGUGGUCCAUUAGCAUCAAGUGCAAUCAAGACACUGAAGGUACACCAAUUAAAAGCUGUAAAGGAUUUUCUGUUUCACUGUUAAUGAAUUGGAUAGGAAAGAUCGAAUGCAUGAUCAGUUAUCACCAUCGAGACGACUCAAAACAAUGAUUUACAGAUGUGGAAAUUGUUGAAUAAUUGCUAUGUAUAUAUAAUGUAAUCGUUGUGGAGUUGCA